AUGGCAGGGUAUUUUGUGACGUCAAACGCCAGGCGUGAAACCUUCACGCGCCACCGCCGCGAGACGUCGUCGAAAAACCAUAACGUCCAAACGUCAUCAUCAUCGCGAGACGUGUCGCCCUGGGAUGAGGACCUGCCUCCCGUGACGCGUCUGCAGCGACCGCCCUCACACCACAGAGACCACCGCGAUAGGGACUCAAGGCACAACUCCUCAGCAGGCUCAAGAGAAUGUCUGGACUCGGGCAGCGGGCGAGAAAAGGACAAAAUCAGAGACAAACGUGAUAUGCGGGACAGAGAUAGAGAAAUAGGGAGAGACGGGAGAGACUCGGCCAGAGACCGAAGAGACUCCGGCAGCGGGAGAGACCGCCGUGACGUCAGCAAGGAGCGCGACCACAGGGACCAUAGAGAAAGGAGGGAUAGACGGAGUAGGGAUAGGGACAGCGAUAUGUGGGACAGAGAUAGGAAUUACAGUAGGGAUAGAGAUUACAGGGACUCGCGGAGUAGAGAGAGGUCGAAGGAUUAUAGAGAUAAGGACAGGGAUAGGCAUCGGAAGCCGCGGCAUUCUUAUGACGAGGAGGAAGAUUACAGUGAUGGCUGCGGGUCAGGCAGAUCGUCGCCGCGGGAUCGGUGGCCGGAUCAACGGUGGAGAAAAGACGAAAGAAAUUACGGCUCGCUAGGCUGGAGGGAAACGAGGCGCAGGGCAGAAAUGAGACAAAGUGAAGACCCCAGUGAUAGAAGAUACGGCUCAACGCUCGGCUGGCCGGGGCGCCGCUCGGGCAGCACGCGGCGCUCGCCCGAACGCUCGCCGCGCCGCCGCUCGCGCCGAGACGAGCCGCGGACUCGCCGCGACUACCGCUUCUCCAGCGACUUCUCGCCGCGCGACCACGCCUCGCCCUUCGACCACGAGCCGCCGCACGAGCCCAAGAAGCGCGCGCCCUACAGCAGCCUGGACGGCGCCAGCGACUUCUCGCCGCGCGACCACGCCUCGCCCUUCGACCACGAGCCGCCGCACGAGCCCAAGAAGCGCGCGCCCUACAGCAGCCUGGACGGCGCCAGCGACUUCUCGCCGCGCGACCACGCCUCGCCCUUCGACCACGAGCCGCCGCACGAGCCCAAGAAGCGCGCGCCCUACAGCAGCCUGGACGGCGCCAGCGACUUCUCGCCGCGCGACCACGCCUCGCCCUUCGACCACGAGCCGCCGCACGAGCCCAAGAAGCGCGCGCCCUACAGCAGCCUGGACGGCGCCAGCGACUUCUCGCCGCGCGACCACGCCUCGCCCUUCGACCACGAGCCGCCGCACGAGCCCAAGAAGCGCGCGCCCUACAGCAGCCUGGACGGCGCCAGCGACUUCUCGCCGCGCGACCACGCCUCGCCCUUCGACCACGAGCCGCCGCACGAGCCCAAGAAGCGCGCGCCCUACAGCAGCCUGGACGGCGCCAGCGACUUCUCGCCGCGCGACCACGCCUCGCCCUUCGACCACGAGCCGCCGCACGAGCCCAAGAAGCGCGCGCCCUACAGCAGCCUGGACGGCGCCAGCGACUUCUCGCCGCGCGACCACGCCUCGCCCUUCGACCACGAGCCGCCGCACGAGCCCAAGAAGCGCGCGCCCUACAGCAGCCUGGACGCCGCGGACUCGCCGCGACUACCGCUUCUCCAGCGACUUCUCGCCGCGCGACCACGCCUCGCCCUUCGACCACGAGCCGCCGCACGAGCCCAAGAAGCGCGCGCCCUACAGCAGCCUGGACGGCGCCAGGUGAGGUCGCUGACCCCGCGCGAGCCGCGGACUCGCCGCGACUACCGCUUCUCCAGCGACUUCUCGCCGCGCGACCACGCCUCGCCCUUCGACCACGAGCCGCCGCACGAGCCCAAGAAGCGCGCGCCCUACAGCAGCCUGGACGGCGCCAGAUUCGCUUUCGACCCCGAAGACGCGACAGCCUCACCGCUGUCCGCGAGCAGUACGCGAGCGCGCGGCGAUGCCGACUCCCCGGCGACGCGGUUCCGAUUCGAUUCCGACUCGAUUUCGCCGCGGUCGAUGUUCGAGGACGACUUCACGAGCAUGUCCACACCACGCGGCCGCACCGCAUCCAUCGCGGAGGAGGAUGAAGAUGUAGCCCCGCUAAGAGCCAAGCCGCAGCCUACGCAUAGAGAUAUCAAGAAAUCUGAAUCGGUAAAUAUUUUCACUCGGGAAUCGGACCCGUUCGAGAACGAUGCGUUCUUCGCGUGCACGGGUUCGGACCGCGCCGCGCGCCGUGAAAACUGGCCGGGCGACUUUCAAGGGUUCGGUAACGCGUGAGCCGUCCGCUCUGUCCGCUUUGUUACUCUUUGACCCGAUUGACGAACAUCUCCAAUUCUAUAAUUCUCUCGUGAACUUGUACAGCCAAAAAGUUAUUAAUUAGAAAAAAUUUGUUUCAACAAUACCUGCUAAAUCAGUGUUUAUGAAACUUUUAUACACAACACAUUUGACCCCAUUUGAGAGAAUGUAGAAUUGGAUAUGUCGGGCCGCAUAUUUUCCUCCAAACUUCACCUUACCACAGUAAAUAAUGCAGUUGAUCUGUCGUUAAUGUAGCCGACAAGUUACGAUAACACAAAGAUACCGCAAUUAUUUAUUUAGCGAGGAAUAUGCGACUAGAUAAAACGUCAACGACUUUCAAAGAAGUACAUAAUAUAUGCGGACAUGUAUUUAGGUCUUGCCAUAUUAACAAUUCGGUAUUUUUCCAAGGAUCUCGUAUAUUACAACUAUUUAGCGAUUCCCCUUACUGUAAUUGAUGGGUGUAAAUCUAUUUUGUUAAAAGUGCUUAAUCUAAGGCGGCAACUAUUCACUUCGCUUUGCAAGUUCGUAAUAAAAUAUAAGACCAAAUUAAUUAGAGAAGAUAUUAAUUUAUACCCCUCAAUUAUAUGUAUUUUACAUUUAAUAAAUAUACCCAUGAUGUUCCCCGAAUAAGCCCUAGUCGUAAGAUAACGUGCCGUUAUUUAUUAAUUAAUGUAUUAUAUUAGGCUGUAUACCCAAUGACCAUCGUCACCUAGUAUUACGUAUAUUAUUAUGUAUUAUGUUAAGACUUAUACGAACUUGAAAGAUCACUUUCCAAGUUUGUAUUUGCCUUUAGACGCAACCUGUGAUAUGUAUAAGCAACGCCCUAUACGACGUUUAUUUGUUAAAACGCUUCGUAGAUUGGUAAUUUUACUUUGGCUAUAUUGACUUCAUUUGUGUACCUAAUGAAUUUAUAAUAAACCUUCCACGUUGUAGGUAAGUGAAAACCCUUACUAACGUAUGCUUUGUAUUUUUUAACAGUUACCUUUAUUGACAACCUUUUUUUAGUAUUUAACGCAUUUUAUAAGUGCAUUUCCAAUUUAUUAAUUUAUUUUAAGAGUACACUAAUGUACUCGCCAUUAGAGGUUUGGAUCAUCAUACUAUGGCACGCAAACGGAGUGUGUUAAUGCUUUUAAUUUAAUUAAGUCAGUAUUAUUCUCAUUUCCAUAAUGAGCAAUAAUUAUUUCAGUCGCUUAAGAUAAAUGGCAGGCUAUUUAUUAUACAAUGAAAUUAUGGUUUUACUCACUUAUAUUAUUAUUCAUGGUAGAAAAUGCAUUCUUAGUCAAUACUCAAACUUUAGGAGAAUGUGAGGGCACAAAGUCAUUUUACUUGUUUCACUGGUAUUGUAAAUAUUUUGCUAAACAAAAAACUUUUUUUAUAUAAUCGCUAUUAUAAACUUUUUUAUAUUUGGGACAUUUUUGUGUGAAGCAGCAAAACUAAUACAUAUAAUGAGUUGAGUUAUAUUGACACGUUGUUGUAUAAUUCUGUAUUGCAUGCUUUAAAAUACUCUGACGAUAUACAGUGACGUAAAUAUUAUGUCAAUUACCACGCUCCGACAAACAUUACUUCCAGUGUUUAUUUUAUGUGUAACUAUUGUUCAUAUGAAAUGACAUCCGCAAUUUUAUUAA